GGCGAAAUAACCAACCUAAAUUCUUAAAAAGAAGAGAAAGAUGCUGGGGUAUUUACCGAAGGAGAUAUAGUAAUUGGUCUGAAGAAGUCAGUUCUGGCAUUCAUCCUUCAUCUCACCAGCAGCAAGAUGGAGAUCCUGAAACAAGUGAUGCGCCUGUGGACACUGGAAUAAGAUAUGCUCCCUAUGCCAUUCCACCCUGUCAUCGGAGAGGCACUUUUCAGAAACAAGACCAAACCCACGUUAACAUGGAGAGAGAGCAAAAGCCUCCAGAGAGAAGAAUGGAGGGGAACAAGCAGGAUGAGACCUCAGGGAGCUGGUUCAAGAUCACAGUUCCAUUUGGCAUAAAAUAUGAUGAGAAGUGGCUGCUCAGUUUGAUUCAGAAGCAAUGCAGUGUCCCCUUCACCCCAGUUGAAUUUCACUAUGAGAAAAUGCAGGCCCAGUUCUUCGUUGAGAAUGCCAACAUUGCCUUUGCAUUGAAGAAUAUCAACGGCAAGAUUUGGGAUAAGAAUAAUGAAAGGAUAUCUAUCUUUGUCAGCCCCUCUGAUGCACCCUGCUCUGUGCAGAAGGAGCUGAAGUCAGAAAAGCUGACCAUGCACAAACUAUAUGAUGUCUCCCGGCAGUCUCUUGACAUCCACAAACUCCGCUUUGACCCUGCCUCGGUGACCCUUGGUGUGGAAAUGGUACCGAAUCCUGGAAAUGACAUGGCUGCCUCCCUGCAGAUCCAUGGAGAGAACAUGCCCAAGCUUUUGCCCUGGAACCUGAGCAACACGAAACCCUGCCAGUUGGCUGGCCUGUCCACCACUAUGCAGAAUGCCUCCAACAUCAAGAACUUAAACCUCGCCAGCAACGAGGUGAAGUCUGCAGGGAAGUUGGACAAGGGCCAAGGGCUGGAGCCAGAAGAGAUGAGCGCAGACAGAAACUCCCUGUGCACCACCUUCCCAGAUAAGUCAACCAACAUAGGCUCCAUCCUGGAAUUGUUCCCCAAGUUGUUAAGCUUGGAUAGCCAGGAGUCACGCCCACCAACUAACUUUGGUAUUGAAGCCCACAAGAGGCUACCAACCUGCAAGGGAAGCUUCUUUGAAUCUGAUGCGCUGAAGAGUCUGGUUCUGCAAUUCCUGCGGCGAUAUUACCUGACCUAUGACUCUGGAGACCGACAGGGUCUUCUCGGUGCUUACCUUGACAAGGCCUGCUUUUCCCUGAGCAUCCCUUUCAACCCCGAGGACCCAGCCCCAAGCAGCUUGUGCGAGUACGUCAAGGAUAACAGGAAUAUAAAGAAGCUCAAGGACCCCCACCUGCGGCUUCAGCUGUUGAAGAGUACAAAACAUGACAUCGUGCGCUCUCUCUGUGUGUUGCCCACAACUCAGCAUGACUUCAGCUCCUUCGUGGUGGACCAGUGGCUCCAGACG